GCUCGUUCCCGGCUCGGCCGCCAGCCCCAGCCUCCCGAGUCCGGCGCCGGGACUGGCGGAGGCCGCGAGCGAGGGAGGCACGCGCCCGCUCUCCGCGCCCAGACCGCCGCCGCCGCCGCCGCAGCCAUGGCCGAGCGCCGCGCCUUCGCCCAGAAGAUCAGCAGAACUGUGGCUGCUGAAGUUAGGAAGCAGAUCUCUGGGCAGUACAGUGGUUCCCCUCAACUGCUUAAAAACCUCAACAUUGUUGGCAAUAUAUCCCAUCAUACCACAGUGCCCCUUACAGAAGCAGUGGAUGCAGUGGAUUUGGAAGAGUACCUUGCUACUCAUCCUUUAGGUGUGGAUUCUGGGCCUUUAAGGGAGUUGGUUGAAUUCCCUCCAGAUGAUAUUGAAGUUGUUCAUAGUCCUAGGGACUGCAGAACCCUUGUUUCAGCUGUACCUGAAGAAAGUGAAAUGGAUCCACAUGUUAGAGAUUGUAUAAGAAGUUAUACAGAAGACUGGGCAAUUGUGAUCAGAAAAUAUCAUAAACUGGGAACAGGAUUUAAUCCCAAUACAUUAGAUAAACAGAAAGAAAGGCAAAAAGGUUUGCCAAAACAGGUGUUUGAAUCUGAUGAAGCUCCAGAUGGCAGCAAUUACCAGGAUGAGCAAGAUGAUCUUAAAAGACGUUCAAUGUCAAUAGAUGAUACUCCAAGGGGUAGCUGGGCCUGCAGUAUUUUUGACUUGAAAAAUUCACUUCCUGAUGCUCUGCUUCCCAAUUUACUUGAUCGAACUCCAAAUGAAGAAAUAGACCGUCAGAAUGAUGACCAAAGGAAAUCAAACCGUCACAAGGAACUCUUUGCUUUGCAUCCAUCACCAGAUGAGGAAGAACCAAUAGAACGACUUAGUAUUCCUGAUGUCCCCAAAGAACAUUUUGGUCAAAGACUUCUUGUAAAAUGUUUAUCACUCAAGUUUGAGAUUGAAAUUGAACCUAUUUUUGCAAGUUUGGCUUUAUAUGAUGUAAAGGAAAAGAAAAAGAUUUCAGAAAACUUUUAUUUUGACCUUAAUUCUGAGCAGAUGAAAGGAUUGCUACGUCCACAUGUACCACCUGCUGCCAUUACCACCCUGGCAAGAUCAGCUAUUUUUUCUAUCACUUAUCCUUCCCAAGAUGUCUUUCUUGUAAUAAAGUUAGAAAAAGUCCUACAGCAAGGAGACAUUGGAGAGUGUGCAGAACCAUAUAUGAUUUUCAAAGAAGCAGAUGCCACCAAGAAUAAGGAAAAAUUGGAGAAGCUGAAAAGUCAAGCUGAUCAGUUUUGCCAAAGACUUGGAAAAUAUCGCAUGCCUUUCGCUUGGACUGCGAUCCAUUUAAUGAAUAUUGUUAGCAGUGCUGGGAGUUUGGAAAGAGAUUCUACAGAGGUAGAAAUUAGUACGGGAGAACGAAAAGGGUCUUGGUCAGAGAGGAGGAAUUCCAGUAUUGUUGGCAGACGAUCACUUGAAAGGACAACAAGUGGAGAUGAUGCUUGUAACCUGACCAGCUUUCGACCUGCUACACUCACAGUGACAAAUUUUUUUAAGCAGGAAGGAGACCGCUUAAGUGAUGAAGAUCUGUACAAAUUCCUUGCCGAUAUGAGAAGGCCAUCUUCUGUUUUACGGAGACUAAGACCUAUUACAGCUCAGCUGAAGAUAGACAUUUCUCCGGCACCUGAAAAUCCUCAUUAUUGCCUAACCCCAGAGCUGCUUCAGGUGAAGCUUUACCCUGACAGUAGAGUUAGACCUACCAGAGAAAUUUUGGAGUUUCCUGCUAGGGAUGUCUAUGUUCCAAACACUACUUACAGUCUGGAGAAGGUCUUUGAUGCUGUUAUCUUGCUGUUCUACAAAAGUCUGGACAUAGGUUAUAGAAAUCUUCUCUAUGUAUACCCUCAGAGCCUCAAUUUUGCCAAUCGUCAAGGUUCUGCCAGAAAUAUAACAGUGAAAGUCCAAUUUAUGUAUGGGGAGGAUCCAAGCAAUGCCAUGCCGGUAAUCUUUGGUAAAUCUAGCUGUUCAGAAUUUUCAAAGGAAGCCUAUACAGCCGUAGUAUAUCAUAACAGGUCUCCUGAUUUUCAUGAAGAAAUCAAGGUUAAACUCCCUGCUACUUUAACUGACCAUCAUCACUUGCUUUUUACUUUUUAUCAUGUUAGUUGUCAACAAAAACAAAAUACACCUCUUGAAACUCCUGUUGGAUAUACAUGGAUACCAAUGCUUCAGAAUGGACGAUUAAAGACUGGGCAGUUUUGCCUACCGGUCUCACUGGAAAAACCACCACAGGCUUAUUCUGUACUGUCUCCUGAGGUUCCUCUCCCUGGCAUGAAAUGGGUAGAUAACCACAAAGGUGUUUUUAAUGUUGAAGUUGUUGCUGUUUCAUCUAUCCAUACACAAGAUCCUUAUCUUGACAAGUUUUUUGCUCUGGUCAAUGCUCUGGAUGAACACAUGUUCCCUGUUCGAAUUGGAGAUAUGCGAAUCAUGGAAAAUAACUUAGAAAAUGAAUUGAAGAGCAGUAUUUCAGCAUUGAAUUCAUCUCAGUUGGAACCAGUGGUCCGAUUUCUUCAUCUUCUGCUUGAUAAACUGAUACUUUUAGUUGUUAGACCUCCAGUCAUUGCUGGCCAAAUAGUUAAUCUAGGUCAAGCAUCUUUUGAAGCGAUGUCAUCAAUUAUAAAUCGGCUUCACAAAAAUCUGGAAGGAAAUCAUGACCAGCAUGGCAGGAACAAUCUUCUUGCAUCAUAUAUCUAUUAUGUUUUUCGCUUACCAAAUACUUCCCCUAAUUCACCAUCACCAGGUCCUGGGGGUUUAGGAGGAUCAGUGCAUUAUGCCACAAUGGCUAGAUCUGCUGUGAGACCUGCAAGCCUGAAUUUAAAUCGUUCUCGGAGCCUUAGUAAUAGUAACCCAGAUAUACCUGGGACUCCCACGUCACCAGAUGAUGAAGUACGGUCAAUCAUCGGCAGUAAGGGUUUAGAUCGCUCCAAUUCCUGGGUUAACACUGGUGGUCCAAAAGCUGCCCCAUGGGGAUCCAACCCCAGUCCAAGUGCAGAAUCAACACAGGCUAUGGAUCGAAGUUGUAAUCGUAUGUCUUCGCACACAGAGACGUCAAGUUUCUUACAAACAUUAACGGGACGCUUACCAACUAAAAAGCUUUUUCAUGAGGAGCUGGCUUUGCAGUGGGUUGUUUGCAGUGGCAGCGUUCGGGAAUCAGCUUUGCAACAGGCCUGGUUCUUUUUUGAGUUAAUGGUGAAAAGCAUGGUGCACCAUUUAUACUUUAAUGAUAAACUAAAUGCAGCAAGGAAAUCUCGUUUUCCAGAGCGUUUCAUGGAUGACAUUGCUGCUCUUGUCAGUACAAUUGCUAGUGAUAUAGUUUCACGAUUUCAGAAGGACGCAGAAAUGGUUGAAAGACUCAACACAAGUCUUGCGUUCUUUCUCAAUGAUCUGUUGUCUGUUAUGGACAGAGGAUUUGUCUUUAGCCUUAUAAAGAACUUCUAUAAACAGGUGUCUUCAAAGCUUUACUCAUUACCAAUUCCAAGUGUCCUGGUGUCCUUGAGGUUGGAUUUUCUGCGAAUCAUCUGCAGUCAUGAGCACUAUGUUACAUUAAACUUACCCUGUAGCCUGCUUACUCCACCUGCAUCACCAUCACCUUCUGUUUCUUCUGCAACAUCUCAGAGUUCUGGAUUUUCCACCAAUGUACAGGACCAGAAGAUUGCAAAUAUGUUUGAAUUGUCUGUGCCUUUCCGCCAACAGCAUUAUUUGGCAGGACUUGUAUUAACAGAGCUGGCUGUCAUUUUAGAUCCCGAGGCUGAAGGACUGUUUGGAUUGCAUAAGAAAGUCAUCAAUAUGGUACACAAUUUACUAUCCAGUCAUGACUCAGAUCCACGGUACUCUGACCCCCAGAUAAAGGCUCGGGUGGCCAUGUUAUAUCUACCUCUGAUCGGCAUUAUCAUGGAAACUGUUCCUCAGCUGUAUGAUUUUACAGAAUCUCACAAUCAACGAGGACGACCAGUUUGUAUAGCCACUGAUGAUUAUGAAAGUGAGAGUGGAAGCAUGAUAAGCCAGACAGUUGCCAUGGCAAUUGCAGGAACAUCAGUUCCUCAACUAACAAGGCCUGGCAGUUUUAUUCUCACAUCAACGAGUGGCAGGCAACACACUACCUUUUCACCAGAAUCAAGUCGGAGCCUUUUGAUCUGCCUCCUUUGGGUUCUCAAGAAUGCAGAUGAGACAGUCCUACAAAAGUGGUUUACAGAUCUCUCAGUCCUGCAGCUCAACCGGCUGUUAGAUCUGCUUUACCUCUGUGUAUCUUGCUUUGAAUACAAAGGAAAGAAAGUGUUUGAAAGAAUGAAUAGCUUGACCUUUAAGAAAUCAAAAGACAUGAGAGCUAAACUUGAAGAAGCUAUUCUUGGAAGCAUAGGUGCUAGGCAAGAAAUGGUGCGCCGAAGCCGAGGACAGCUUGGUAUGUACACAGUAUCUUCUCCUUCUGAGAGAAGCCCAUCUGGAAGUGCCUUUGGCAGUCAAGAAAAUCUGAGAUGGAGAAAGGAUAUGACUCACUGGCGGCAAAACACUGAGAAACUUGACAAGUCAAGAGCAGAGAUUGAACAUGAAGCACUGAUUGAUGGAAAUCUGGCUACUGAAGCAAACUUGAUCAUUUUGGAUACACUAGAGAUUGUUGUCCAGACAGUUUCUGUAACAGAAUCCAAAGAGAGCAUCCUUGGCGGGGUGCUGAAAGUGCUACUACAUAGUAUGGCUUGUAACCAAAGUGCAGUUUAUCUACAACACUGUUUUGCUACACAGAGGGCCCUGGUUUCAAAGUUCCCUGAACUCCUGUUUGAAGAAGAGACAGAACAGUGUGCUGAUUUAUGCCUCCGGCUUCUCCGACACUGUAGCAGUAGCAUCAGUACAAUACGGUCACAUGCUAGUGCCUCCCUUUAUCUACUGAUGAGACAAAACUUUGAAAUAGGGAAUAACUUUGCCAGGGUUAAAAUGCAGGUAACCAUGUCACUAUCUUCCUUGGUGGGUACAUCUCAGAAUUUUAAUGAAGAAUUCUUAAGACGUUCUUUGAAGACUAUCUUGACCUAUGCUGAAGAAGAUCUAGAAUUGAGAGAAACAACCUUUCCUGACCAGGUCCAAGAUUUGGUUUUCAAUCUUCAUAUGAUCCUUUCUGAUACUGUUAAAAUGAAGGAACACCAGGAGGAUCCUGAAAUGUUGAUUGAUCUAAUGUACAGAAUUGCCAAGGGCUACCAGACCUCUCCAGACCUGCGACUGACCUGGUUGCAGAACAUGGCUGGCAAGCACUCGGAGCGCAGCAAUCACGCUGAGGCUGCGCAGUGCCUGGUCCACUCAGCAGCACUGGUUGCGGAAUAUUUGAGCAUGCUGGAGGACCGCAAAUACCUCCCUGUGGGGUGUGUAACAUUUCAGAAUAUUUCAUCUAAUGUUUUAGAAGAGUCUGCAGUCUCAGAUGACGUUGUAUCUCCCGAUGAAGAAGGCAUCUGCUCUGGAAAGUACUUCACUGAGUCAGGACUUGUGGGAUUGCUGGAGCAAGCAGCUGCUUCUUUCUCUAUGGCUGGCAUGUAUGAAGCAGUUAAUGAGGUGUACAAAGUACUUAUUCCUAUUCAUGAAGCUAAUCGGGAUGCAAAGAAACUAUCCACAAUUCAUGGUAAACUUCAAGAAGCAUUCAGCAAAAUUGUUCAUCAGAGUACUGGCUGGGAGCGGAUGUUUGGCACCUAUUUUCGUGUUGGUUUUUAUGGAACCAAGUUUGGGGAUUUGGAUGAACAGGAAUUUGUUUACAAGGAGCCUGCAAUCACCAAACUUGCAGAGAUCUCUCACAGAUUGGAGGGAUUUUAUGGAGAAAGAUUUGGAGAGGAUGUGGUUGAAGUAAUCAAGGAUUCUAAUCCUGUAGACAAGUGUAAAUUAGAUCCUAACAAGGCGUAUAUUCAGAUUACCUACGUGGAGCCAUACUUUGACACGUAUGAGAUGAAGGACAGAAUCACAUAUUUUGACAAAAAUUAUAAUCUUCGCCGUUUCAUGUACUGUACACCCUUCACUUUAGAUGGCCGUGCCCAUGGGGAACUUCAUGAACAAUUCAAACGGAAGACCAUACUGACUACUUCUCAUGCUUUUCCUUAUAUUAAGACAAGGGUCAAUGUUACUCACAAAGAGGAGAUCAUCUUAACACCAAUUGAAGUUGCUAUUGAAGACAUGCAGAAAAAGACACAGGAGUUGGCAUUUGCAACACAUCAGGAUCCGGCAGAUCCCAAAAUGCUCCAGAUGGUGCUCCAGGGGUCUGUGGGCACAACUGUGAAUCAGGGGCCUUUGGAAGUUGCCCAGGUUUUCCUAUCUGAAAUACCCAAUGACCCAAAACUCUUCAGACAUCACAAUAAACUGCGACUCUGCUUCAAAGAUUUUACUAAAAGAUGUGAAGAUGCCUUAAGAAAAAAUAAGAGCUUAAUUGGGCCAGAUCAAAAGGAGUAUCAAAGAGAACUGGAGAGAAACUAUCAUCGCCUUAAAGAGGCCCUACAACCUCUGAUAAACAGAAAGAUCCCUCAGUUAUACAAGGUAGUAUUACCCGUCACCUGCCACAGAGAUUCCUUCAGUCGAAUGAGCCUGCGCAAAAUGGAUCUCUAAAAUAAACACUUGUUUUAUUAAUUUGAAAAGAGCCACAUAUUCAACAUUGAGUGUGAAAAGAAGUUAAGAUCUAUUGAAAAAUAAGACUUGGGACUUAAAUCUGAAAAUUGUAGCAUUAAUUUACUCAAUGAAGAAUGCAGUGGCCAAAUCAAAUGUAGAUUGUUGAAGUUUGAGAAUCAUGGCUAUGGCUUCUAAUAUUCUGGUAAUAUGCUGUUAUCUUUUUAAAGACAUUUUAAUGACUCAAGGGUACACUAUACAUUUACCAUUAUUUAUACCAUAGCUAAUGUUAAUUUUAUUUACUUUAAGUUUGUAUUUUUUAAUUUAUAUGAACAUUUAUAGAUUCAUUUUGGAACCAUUUUAAAUGUAGUAAUGCUUAUUUUAAAGGUACUAUUAAAUAUGUGAACGUUUACACUAA